AUGGAGCAGUUCCGCACCGCGUUCUUCGAGCGCUUCCGGCUGGAUCCCAUGCAGUACGUGACCCUCCCCGGCGCGGCCUGGGCUGCGAUGCUGAAGCGGGACAACGUGGAGGCGAACGAGGAGCUGGACCCGAGCCACAUCGUCAGCCUGGACGUGAACAGCAUGUAUCCAGCGGUGAUGACGCAGCUUGACGCCACGCACGACCGCCUGGACUGG